CAGGGUUGAAUGUGUGUCUAAGCUGAAGAUCUGAAUUUGGCAUCAUGGAGGCAUCUGAAGAGGAAGUUCCUUUCUCUGAAAGCACUCUAUGCAAGGAAGAAGAGGGUCAGAGGAAACGACAGAAACAAGAAUCUGGACCAACCUGUCUGUCCAUCAAGAGCAGCUUCUCAAAACAGGAUGUUAUUGAUUUUAACCUUGACCAACCUUUAGCUACAAAGAGAUUCAAGUGGAGCUCAGACGUUGGUCAACCUCCCCAUGAGCAUCCAAUGCAGCUGGGCUCCAUAUUUAUGGAGCUGGAGAAAAAGAUUGUGACAUUUGUGAAGGAUGAGCUGAAGGAGAUCCAACAGGUCUUGAGUUCAGAUUACCCUGAUUGUUCAGAAGCUCAGGAAGAGAAGGAGGGUGUGUCUGAAAACAAGGAUGAGAAGCAGAGGAGCAGCAGCAGAAGAGAGGCGUUCUUAAAGAUCACUGUUGACUUCUUGAGAAUGAUGAAUCUGGAUGACCUGGCUGACCUUCUGCAGAGCAAAUCACUCAUCACAUGCCAACAAACACUAAAGUCUAACAUGAAGAAAAAGUUCCAAUGUGUGUCUGAAGGGAUUUCUAAACCUGGAAAACCAACGUAUUUAAAUCAAAUCUACACAGAGCUCUACAUCACAGAGGGAAACUCUGGAGAGGUCAAUAAUGAACAUGAGGUCAGACAGAUUGAAUCAGUGACCUGGAAACCAGACAGACCAGAAACAGCAAUCAGACAUGAAGACAUAUUUAAACCCUCACCUGUAAGAGAUGAACCAAUCAGAACAGUGAUGACAAAGGGAGUGGCUGGCAUUGGGAAAACAGUCCUGACUCAGAAGUUCACUCUGGACUGGGCAGAAGACCAAACCAACCAGGACAUCCAGUUCAUGUUUCCAUUCACAUUCAGAGAACUGAAUCUGUUAAAAGAUGAACAGUUCAGCUUGGUGGAGCUUGUUCACCACUUUUUUAGUGAAACCAAAGGAAUCUCCAGGUUUGAAGAGUUAAAGGUUGUGUUCAUCUUUGAUGGCUUGGAUGAGAGUCGACUUCCACUGGACUUCCACAACAAUGAGAUCCUGACAGAUGUAACAAAGUCCACCUCAGUGGAUGUUCUUCUGACAAACCUCAUCAGAGGGAACCUGCUUCCCAAAGCUCACCUCUGGAUAACCACAAGACCUGCAGCAGCCAAUCGGAUCCCUGCUGGGUUUGUUGGCAUGAUGACAGAGAUCAGAGGAUUCACUGACCCACAGAAAGACGAGUACUUCACUAAAAGGUUUAGAUAUAAGGAGCAGGCCAGAAUGGUAAUCUCCCACAUAAAGAAAUCCAGAAGCCUCCACAUCAUGUGCCACAUCCCAAUCUUCUGCUGGAUCACUGCUACAGUUGUGGAAGACAUGUUGAACAAGGAAGAUGGAGAAGAUCUGCCAAAGACCCUGACUGAGAUGUACAUCCACUUCCUGGUGUUUCAGACCAAACUGAAGGUCAUCAAGUACGAUGGAGGAGCUGAGACAGAUUCACACUGGAGUCCAGAGAGCCAGAAGAUGAUUGAGUCUCUGGGAAAACUGGCUUUUGAGCAGCUGAUGAAAAGAAACCUGAUAUUCUAUGAAUCAGACCUGGCAGAGUGUGGCAUCGAUAUCGAAGCAGCUUCAGUGUGUUCAGGAGUUUUCACAGAGAUCUUCAGAGAAGAGAGAGGGCUGUACCAGGACAAGGUGUUCUGCUUCGUCCACCUGAGUGUUCAGGAGUUUCUGGCUGCUCUUCAUGUUCACCUGUCCUUCAUCAAAUCUGGAGUCAAUCUGCUGGAAAAAAGCGAAAUGAAAUCCAAGGAAUUAGAAGAAGGAAAUCAUGAAUCUUCAGAGACAGACAUCUACAAGAGUGCUGUGGACAUGGCCCUGGAGAGUCCAGAUGGACACCUGGACUUGUUCCUCCGCUUCCUACUUGGUCUUUCACUGGAGACCAAUAAGCGUCACUUAGGAGGCCUUGUGACACAGACAGAAGAAAGUUUGACAACUAAUAAAGACACAGCCCAGUACAUCAAGGAGAAGAUAAAUAAUGAUCUAGAUGCUGAGAAAAGCAUCAAUCUGUUCCACUGCCUGAAUGAACUAAAUGAUCAGUCUCUGGUGGAGGAAAUCCAACAAUCUCUACAAACAGGAAGUCUUUCAGCUCACCAGCUGUCUCAUGCUCAGUGGUCAGCUCUGCUCUUCAUGCUACUUUCAUCAGAGAAAGACCUUGAGAUGUUUGAACUGAAGAAAUACUCUGCUUCAGAGGAAGCUCUACUGAAGCUGCUGCCAAUAGUCAAAGCCUCCAGCAAAGUUAUACUGAGUGGGUGUAACCUCUCAGAGAGAAGCUGUGAAGCUCUGUCCUCGUUGCUCAGCUCAACAACAUCUAGUCUCAGAGAUCUGGACCUGAGUAACAACGACCUGAAAGAUUCAGGAGUGAAGCUGCUGUGCAGUGGACUGAUGAGUCUAGACUGUGAACUGGAGAUUCUCAGACUUUCAGGCUGCCUGAUCACAGAGGAAGGCUGUGCUGCUCUGGCCUCAGCUCUGACUGUGAACCCGUCUCACCUGAAGGAGCUGGACCUCAGCUACAAUAAUCCAGGAGACUCAGGAAUGAAGAGUCUAACAGCUCUACUGAAGAAUCCAAGCUUCAAACUGGACUCUAUAAGCAUGGAACCUGCAGGAGAGAAAUGGAUGACACCAGGUCUCAGGAAGUAUUCCUGUCCACUAACAGUCGACCUAAACACUGUGAACAGAUUCCUCAAACUGUCUGAUGAAAACAGGAAGGUGACACGUGUGGCAGAGGAGCAGCCGUAUCCUGAUCAUCCAGACAGAUUUGAUUCCUAUCAGCUGCUGUGCACUGAUGGUCUGACUGGUCGCUGUUACUGGGAGGUGGAGUGGGGUGGGAAAGUCUAUGUAUCACUGAGUUACAGGAGAAUCAAAAGAAAAGGAGUCAAUGACGAUUCCUGGUUUGGAUUUAAUAAUAACUCCUGGUGUCUAAUCUGUUCAGAUAAUGGUUACACUGUUUGGCACAAUAGUGAAAAAAAAGCCUUCAUCCCUGAUGCCUCCUUCUCCUCUUCUGUCUCUGGCAGAGUUGCUGUGUAUGUGGACUGUCCUGCUGGGACUCUGUCCUUCUACAGAGUCUCUUCAGAGACACUGAUCCACCUCUACACCUUCAACACCAAAUUCACUGAAGCUCUUUAUCCUGGAUUUGGGUUCAAGUGUCGUUCAGGAGGGUCUUGGUUCUCAUUUUAGAAUAGUCCUAAGUGCUUUUAAAAACUAAUGCAACAUUUCAAGAGCUACCAAUGCACUAAAAACAGGAGAAAAUAAUAAGUCGCAUUAAAUAAAACAGUUUUUUAAAAGAAACAACAUAGUCCAUCAAUCUUAAGUCCAAACAAAGAAUUCUGGAGUCUAGGAACCACUGAACUAAAGGCUCUAUCUUCAUUUGUUUUCAAUUUAUCAUAAAGAUCAGAGACAUGUGGCUGCAGUAACCUUUUGAUAUUCAAUGGUGCCCGUCUGUGAAAACCCCUCAAGUCAAUAAAAUAAUUUUAAAUUACACUGUGG